GAACAUAUCAGCCACUUUGUUAGAUACAGGCAAUUUUGUAGUAAGCUCUGUUUCGGGUGAAGUGUUAUGGCAAAGCUUCGAUUACCCCACAGAUACCCUUCUUCCUGGUAUGAAACUAGGGUUUGAUCGUAAAACCGGGAGAAAUUGGACACUUUCUUCGUGGUUCGGACGAAAUAAUCCGGCCACCGGAGCUUAUACUCUCGAGUGGGACCUGAUUUCGGGCAGGCUGUUGGUUCGACGAAGAGGUGUCGUUUAUUGGACGAGCGGCGAGAUGAAGGAUUAUCGUUACGAUGGCCAAGGGUUUGGAGAAUUUACGGUUAAGGAGUUUGAGAAUAUGGAUCCACCCGAUCCUUUCAACCACAACUACAACUUCACAAACGUAAGUUACGACAGCGAGGAAUACUUUACGUAUUCGCUGAUAAAAAAUCAACGCGCGACGUCGGAUAGACGGAAGGUUAUUUCACGGUGGAUGCUGAACUAUCAGGGGGGUAUAUACGACAUCGACAGGCCUACCAUUGCAGACGCAGGGCUUUGUUACGGUUACAAUACUGGUGGCUCUGGUUUCGACGCGGGCUGCGAACUGCGGGCCCAGCCUACAUGCAGAAACGAUCGCGAGACGUUUGUUUUCAAAUCGGGGGAUUUUAAGCCGGUUGAUGGAAAAUUUGUUCCGGUUGUUUAUGACGGUAAUUCGAGCCUUACUCAGAGUGACUGCAGGGAAAUAUGUUGGAAUGAUUGCGAAUGCGCUGCGUUUAUUGAUGCGCCCGUAAGUGGUGGAUGUUCGUAUUUGAGAGGCGAGAAUUUGGAGUUUGUGCAGAGUCUUGAUGGCUCUGCUACACCAAAGUACUUUCUUGAAUCUGCAUCUUCGAGAAAAGGAAUGGAGAAACAUGUGCAGAUUGUCCUCAUUGUAGUUAGUACAGCAGUGCUGCUUGCCUUGGGUGUAGCCUUGUUCGUUUUACGUAAACUUAAACAAGCGAAAAAAAAGAAGGAAUUAAAGGAGCUGCUGACACUAGACGGAUACACGGGAACGAAUUACGGGUUCGAAAAUGGAGGUGGCAAGAAUAACGAUCUUCGACUUUUCACUUAUGCGUCUGUGCUAUCAGCUACAAACAACUUCUCCUCGGACAAUAAACUCGGACAGGGGGGUUUCGGCCCCGUUUAUAAGGGGAAAACAUCAGAAGGACACGAAAUAGCAGUAAAGCUUCUUUCUCGACAAUCGGGGCAAGGAUUGCUCGAGUUCAAGACCGAGUUAGUACUGAUUUCGAAACUGCAGCAUGUCAAUCUUGUUAAGCUACGGGGAUUUUGCAUUCAUGGAGACGAUAAAAUGAUUAUCUAUGAUUACAUGCCCAACAAAAGCCUCGAUUUCUUUCUCUUCAAUCCAUCUAAGAGGGAGGAAUUAAAUUGGCAGCAGCGGUUCAAUAUAAUCGAGGGCACUGCUCAAGGACUACUCUACCUUCACAAGUACUCUCGAUUGAAGAUUAUUCACCGCGACUUAAAAGCGAGCAAUAUAUUACUUGAUGAAAAUAUGACUCCCAAAAUCUCCGAUUUUGGGCUUGCGAGAAUCUUUAAGCAGAACAUAGACGAAGCUAACACGGAGAGGCGUGUCGGGACAUAUGGUUACAUGGCGCCCGAGUAUGCAAUGCAAGGAAUAUUCUCGGUUAAAUCAGAUGUCUAUAGUUUCGGAGUUUUAGUGCUCGAGAUAGUCAGUGGUCGGAAGAAUAGUAGCUUCCACGAAAUCGAAGGUCCUCUAAACCUGGUCGAAUACGCUUGGGAUCUAUGGAGAAAAGAUUCUGCAAUAGAAGUGAUGGAUCGAACGUUGAGGGAUUCAUGCAUUAUAGACCAACUGCACAAAUGCAUUCACGUCGGGCUUCUAUGUGUUGAAAACCAUGCGAUCGAUCGGCCAAACAUCGAAGAUGUUAUAUCAAUCCUAAAAAACGAGUUGACGAAUUUGCCACUGCCCAAGAAUCCAGCAUUCAUUACACGAAACAGUGUGAUUGAAGAAGUAGAAACGAGUACUACGCCGCUCGUGAAUUUAUCCGCGAACGAAGUCACAGCGACGGAAAUAGGAGGGAGAUAUCAAACAGCCAAAAUGCAAGGGGCGGUUUCGUCGAUCGAUACACUCAAACCAGGCGGCGACGAGUUCAACUCGUCUUCUCAACUCGUCUCCGCGAAGAAGAUCUUCACGUUAGGGUUUUACACCCCGGAAAACACAAACAACAGCUACUUAGCAAUAUGGUACACCGAUGGUUUGUACUCUCCUGUUUGGAUUGGCAACAGAGAAAACCCCUUUCCCAAGAAUUCGAACCCGAUUCUCGCAAUCGGCACCACCGGAGAAAACCUAGUCAUCACCCACGGCGGCGGCGGAGAAUCUUUCGAGCUGUAUUCUGGCCAAUCAGGGAAGAACAUAUCCGCCACUUUGUUAGAUACAGGCAAUUUUGUAGUAAUCUCUGUUUCAGGUGAAGUGCUAUGGCAAAGCUUUGAUUACCCCGCAGAUACCCUUCUUCCUGGUAUGAAACUAGGGAUUAACCAUAAAACUGGAAGAAAUUGGACACUUUCUUCUUGGUUCGGACAAAAUAAUCCGGCGACCGGAGCUUUUACUCUCGAGUGGGACCCGAUUUCAGGCAGGUUGUUGGUUCGACGAAGAGGUGUCGUUUAUUGGACGAGCGGCGAAAUGAAGGAUUAUUAUUACAACGGCCAAGGGUUGGGAGAUUUUAGGGUUAAGGAGUUUGAGAAUAUCAAUCCAAAACCUGAUCCUUUCAACCUCAACUAUAACUUCACUAAUGUAAGCAGCGAAAACGAGGAAUAUUUUACGUAUUCUCUGAUACAAGUUCCAAAUUGGACGCCCGAGAAGCGGAAGGUUAUUUCAGGAUGGAUGCUAAGCUAUCAGGGGAAUAUAUAUGACAAUGACAGGCCUUUCAUUGCAGAUGCAAACCUUUGUUACGGUUACAAUACUCGUGGCUCCAGCUUCUACACGGGAUGCGAAUUGUGGGCCCAGCCAGAGUGCAGAAACGACCGCGAGACGUUCGUUUUGAAAUCGGGGGAUUUUAGGCCGGUCGAUGGGAAAUCGGUACCGUCUGUUUACGACAGUAAUUCGAGCCUUACUCUGAGUGAUUGCAGGGAAAUUUGCUGGAAUGAUUGUGAAUGUGUUGCUUAUAUUGAUGCCGAUCGAUCAGAUGGUUGUGUGUAUUGGAGGGGCAAGAAUUUGGAGUUCGAACAGAGUCUUGAUGGCUCUGCGGUUAGAAAAUACUUUCUUGAAUCUGCAUCUUCAAGCAAAGGAAUGAAGAAACAUGUAAAGAUCAUACUUGCUGUAGUAAGUGCAGUAGUGUUGCUUGCCUUGGGCGUAGCUUUUUUCGUUUUGCGAAAAUUUAGACAAGGAAAAAGGGAGGAAGAAUUGCGUGAACUGCUGAUGUUAGAGGGAUACACAGGAACUUACGGGUUUGAUAACGAUGGAGGCAAGAACCACGAUCUUCGACUUUUCACUUAUGCAUCCAUUGUAUCUGCUACAAGCAACUUUUCCUCGGAGAAUAAACUCGGGCAGGGUGGUUUUGGCCCUGUUUAUAAGGGGAAAACAUCAGAGGGACACGAUGUAGCAGUAAAGCUUCUUUCACGACAGUCGGGACAAGGAUUGCUCGAGUUCAAGACCGAGUUAGUACUGAUUUCGAAACUGCAGCACGUCAAUCUUGUUAAGCUACGGGGAUUUUGCAUUCAUGGAGACGACAAAAUGAUCAUCUAUGAUUACAUGCCAAAUAAAAGCCUCGAUUUCUUUCUCUUCCAUCCAUCUAAGAGGGAGGAAUUAAAUUGGCAGCAACGGUUUAAUAUAAUCGAGGGGACUGCUCAAGGACUACUCUACCUUCACAAGUACUCUCGAUUGAAGAUAAUUCACCGUGACUUAAAAGCGAGCAAUAUAUUACUUGAUGAAAAUAUGACUCCCAAAAUUUCCGAUUUUGGGCUUGCGAGAAUCUUUAAGCAGAACACAGACGAAGCUAACACGGAGAGGCGUGUCGGGACAUACGGUUACAUGGCGCCCGAGUAUGCCAUGCAAGGAAUAUUCUCGGUUAAAUCGGAUGUCUAUAGUUUCGGAGUUUUAGUACUCGAGAUUGUGAGUGGUCAGAAAAACAGUAGCUUCCACGAAAUCGAAGGUCCUCUAAACCUGGUCGAAUACACUUGGGAUCUGUGGAGAAAAGAUUCUGCAAUAGAACUCAUGGAUCGAACGAUGAAGGAUUCAUGCAUUGUUGACGAAUUGCAGAAAUGCAUUCACAUCGGGCUUCUAUGUGUUGAAAACCAUGCGGUGGAUCGACCAGACAUCGAAGAAGUUAUAUCAAUGCUUAAAAAUGAAAUGACUAAUUUGCCAUUGCCCAAGAAUCCAGCAUUCAUCACAAGAAACGGUGUGGUUGAAGAAACAAAAAAGAGCACUAUGCCGAUGAACUUAUCAUCGAACGAAGUCACUUACGUAAUGAAUUCAAUAACGUCGACAACGCAACGAAAAGUACUAGUCGAAGAAUUUUCUGGUCAGACGCCGACCACAGUGCUAAUGGAUACUCACAAAGCUUCAAUUGCACCACUUGUUUUCUUGAUUUUUCUCCAUUUUUUGGCAACCCACCAGGUUUCAUCGAUCGACACCCUCAAACCAGGCGGCGGCGGCGGCGACGAGUUCAACUCAUCUUCUCAACUCGUUUCUGCGAAUAAGAUCUUCACGUUAGGGUUUUACACCCCAGAAGACACUAACAACACUUACUUAGCAAUAUGGUACACCAAUGCUUCCGAUUAUCGAGUGUGGAUUGCCAACAGAGAAAACCCCAUUCCCAAGAACUCAAACCCUGUGCUUACAAUACCCGCCACCACCGGAGAAAAACUGAUCAUCACCCACGGCGGCGGCGGCGGAGAAUCUUUUGAGCUAUAUUCUGGCCAAUCAGGGAAGAACAUAUCCGCCACUUUGUUAGAUACAGGCAAUUUUGUAGUAAGCUCUGUUUCAGGUGAAGUGUUAUGGCAAAGCUUUGAUUUUCCCACAGAUACCCUUCUUCCUGGUAUGAAACUAGGGUUUGACCGUAAAACCGGGAGAUAUCGGACACUUUCUUCGUGGUUUGGACGAAGUAAUCCAGCCACCGGAGCUUUUACUCUCGAGUGGGACCCGAUUUCAGGGAUGUUGUUGGUUCGACGAAGAGGUGUCGUUUAUUGGACGAGCGGCGAGAUGAAGGAUUUUCAGUACGACGGCCAAGAGGGGGGAGAUUCUAGGGUUAAGAAGUUUGAGAAUAUCGUACCUGAUUCUUCAAACUUCAACUAUAACUUCACCAAUGUAAGUUACGAUGGCGAGGAAUACUUUACGUAUUCGCUCAUAAAAGAUCGGUGGACGCCCAAUUCUCGUAAGGUUAUUUCGGGGUGGAGGCUGGGCUUUGACGGGCGAAUAGACGACACUGGCAGGCCUGUUUUUGUAGAUGUAAGCCUUUGUUAUGGUUACAACACUCGCGGCUCCGAUGUUUACGCGGGCUGCCGACUGUGGCAGCAGCCUAUGUGCAGAAACAAUCGUGAGACGUUUGUUGAUAGAGCGGGGAAUUUUUUCAGGGCCAAUGGAACGUUUGUUGCAUUCGUUUCUGACGAUAAUUCGAGCCUUACGCAGAGUGACUGCAGGGAAAUAUGUUGGAAUGAUUGUGAAUGCGCUGCGUUUCUUGAUGCGCCCUUAAGUGGUGGUUGUUGGUAUUGGAAAGGCAAGGAUUUGAAUUUUACUCAGAGCCUUAAUGGUCGUACUACAGUACAAUACGUUCUUCAGUCGGCACCUUUGACCGUUCUUCCAUCGGCACCUUUGAGCAAAGGAAAGAAGAAACAUGUGCUGAUCGUAAUCGUUGUAGUAAGUAUGGUAGUGCUGCUUGCCUUGGUUGUAGCCUUGUUCGUUUUGCGAAGAAGUAAAGAAGCGAAAAAAAAGGAGGAAUUAAAGGAGCUGCUGACACUAGAGGGAUACACGGGAACUAAUUACGGGUUCGAAAAUGGAGGGGGCAAGAGUGACGAUCUUCGACUUUUCACUUAUUCAUCUGUGCUGUCUGCUACAAACAACUUCUCCUCUGACAAUAAACUGGGACAGGGUGGUUUUGGCCCUGUUUAUAAGGGGAAAACAUCAGAAGGACACGAAAUAGCAGUAAAGCUUCUUUCACGACAAUCGGGGCAAGGAUUGCUCGAGUUCAAGACCGAGUUAGUACUGAUUUCGAAACUGCAGCAUGUCAAUCUUGUUAAGCUACGGGGAUUUUGCAUUCAUGGAGACGACAAAAUGAUCAUCUAUGAUUACAUGCCCAACAAAAGCCUCGAUUUCUUUCUCUUCAAUCCAUCUAAGAGGGAGGAGUUAAAUUGGCAGCAGCGGUUCAAUAUAAUCGAGGGCACUGCUCAAGGACUACUCUACCUUCACAAGUACUCUCGUUUGAAGAUUAUUCACCGUGACUUAAAAGCGAGCAACAUAUUACUUGACGAGAAUAUGACUCCCAAAAUUUCCGAUUUUGGGCUUGCGAGAAUUUUUAAGCAGAACACAGAUGAAGCUAACACGGAGAGGCGUGUUGGGACAUACGGUUACAUGGCGCCCGAGUAUGCCAUGCAAGGAAUAUUCUCGAUUAAAUCAGAUGUCUACAGUUUCGGAGUUUUAGUACUCGAGAUUGUGAGCGGUCGGAAAAACAGUAGCUUCCACGAGAUCGAAGGUCCUCUAAACCUGGUUGAAUAUACUUGGGAUCUAUGGAGAAAAGAUUCUGCAUCAGAAAUCAUGGAUCAAACAUUGACGGAUUCAUGCAUUACAGACCAACUGCAGAAAUGCAUUCACAUCGGGCUUCUCUGUGUCGAAAAUCAUGCGGUGGAUCGGCCAACUAUCGAAGAUGUCAUACUGAUGCUAAAAAAUGAAAUGACUAAUUUGCCACUGCCAAAGAAUCCAGCAUUCAUCACAAGAAACAGUGUGAUUGAAGAAGUAGAAACGAGUACUACGCCGCUCGUGAAUAUAUCCACGAACGAAGUCACAAUGUCGGAAAUCGGAGGGAGAUAGUAGUAGUACUACUGCAACCCUAGUUAAGGCCUUCCUUCUUUUCUUGAGUGAUUUUACUUAAAUAUCUGCAUAUGUAAUCUAAUAAUAUACUUGUAUGAAUAUUUUUAUAUAUUAUAUAUAUAUUUUGGUCCUGAAAAGUUGGUUCACAUUUCAAAGCCUUGUAAUAAUAAUCUUGUAAAAAUAAUCAUGGACAUACUAAUAAAGAAUUCGAUUUAAAGUAAA